CAAAAAGUCUCCGGCAUUGUUCAUUCCUCCUCCCUCUCUUCCUCUUCCGGUCUGAUCUUCGCCGCUUCUGGUGUCCGUCCACUCCUCCGUCUACACCCCUAGCACCAACCGCCCAUCGCCUUCCUCAACAGUUCCCGUCGUUCAAUAUGAACUCUACAGAUCCCGCGACUGCGGUCAUCGGCUCCCAAUACAAUGCCGGCGACAUCGCCUGGACCUUGGCCUCCACUGCCCUGGUCUGGCUCAUGAUCCCCGGAAUCGGCUACUUUUACUCUGGCAUGGCCCGCUCCAAGAACGCUCUGUCGCUCAUCAUGCUGUCCUGCUGCUCUAUCGCAGUUGUUUCCUUCCAGUGGUUCUUAUUCGGAUACUCGCUAUCAUUCAGUAAAUCCGGUGGCAGAAUGAUCGGAAAUUUCGAGAACGCCUUCUUCCGUGGCGUCCUCGACCAACCCUCCGUCGGCAACCCCAAGAUCCCAGAUCUGGUCUUUAUGAUUUUCCAGUGCAUGUUUGCUGCCUUGACUCCUGCCCUCGCCAUCGGUGCUGCUGCAGAGCGUGGUCGUAUCGUCCCCACCCUUGUCUUCAUCUUCUUGUGGACCACUUUCGUCUAUGACUUUAUCGCCUGCUGGACCUGGUCCCCUAACGGAUGGUCCUUUGUUAUGGGAGGACUCGAUUUCGCUGGUGGUACGCCUGUUCACAUCUCUUCAGGUGCUGCUGCGCUGGCCUACGCGAUUGUCCUCGGUAAGCGUUCUGGCGACCAGAAGGAUUUUCGUCCUCAUAGCAUGAGCAACGUUGUCAUUGGAACAUGCUUCAUUUGGUUCGGUUGGUUCGGAUUCAACGGUGGAUCGGCACUCUCAGCCAACUUGCGCGCUGCCAUGGCCUGCGUUGUCACCAACUUGGCUGCCUCGACUGCUGGUCUCACCUGGGUCUUGCUCGACUACCGCCACGAGCGCAAGCUAUCGGUUCUCGGCUUCUGCUCUGGUGCUGUCGCUGGGUUGGUCGCCAUCACCCCCGGCUCAGGGUUUGUCUCCCCUGCCUCCAGUGUCGCGAUUGGAUUCUUGGGUGCGCUCGCUUGCAACAUGGCUGUCCGUCUGAAGCACUACCUCAAGUACGACGAUGCCUUCGACGUUUUUGCUGUCCAUGGUGUGGGCGGUAUUGUCGGCAACAUCCUCACGGGAGUUUUCGCCCAGGCUUCUAUUGCCGCCCUCGAUGGUACCACUGUCAUUGCCGGAGGUUGGUUGGACCGCAACUGGAUCCAAGUUGGUUACCAGCUUGCUGACUCGACUGCUGGUCUUACCUGGUCGUUCGGUAUCACCUAUCUGAUCCUCGUCAUCAUGAACAAGAUCCCUGGACUGAACCUGCGUGCGGAUUCGGAACAGGAGCAUGCUGGUCUGGAUAUUGCUGAGCUUGGAGAAGCCUGCUACGGUCAUUUAAGUGAGAAGGCCAAGGUC